CCCUCGAGUACAGAACGAUACUGCGGCACGGAUCGACCCUGAGAGCGCGGACUUUUCUGAGGGGGAUAUCCAGAAUGCAUUAGACGCUCGAGUACAGAACGACGCUCGAGUACAGAACGACGCUCGAGUGCAGAACGACGCUCGAGUGCAGAACGACGCUCGAGUACAGAACGACGCUCGAGUGCAGAACGACGCUCGAGUACAGAACGACGCUCGAGUGCAGAACGACGCUCGAGUACAGAACGACGCUCGAGUGCAGAACGACGCUCGAGUGCAGAACGACGCUCGAGUGCAGAACGACGCUCGAGUACAGAACGACGCUCGAGUACAGAACGACGCUCGAGUACAGAACGAACCUGAGAGCGCGGACUUUUCUGAUGCAAUGUCUAACGCGGACUCGAUGUCACGCCGUAGACCGGUCAUAUAA